AUGAAAAGAAACGAGAACAAUGAAAAUAAAGCAGGAAUGGAUUUAGUGGAAAGAAACGAAGCUAAUAAAGAGAAGCGUUGUGUCUGCGACUUAUUGAAACUUAAUUUAUUUGGAUUUUGUUUUGGUAUAUCGAAUGCUUCAGGUUGUGGAACAAAAAGUGAGACUUGGGAAAGUCAAGAAAAGGUACUAAAAGAAGUCAAACGAUGUUUUCGUAAACAAUUGUUCAAGGAAGAAGAAAUCAAAAAUAAUCCCAAUUCCGAGGCUGUAUCGAGUGUGCAGAUUGACAAGUCAGAGACGGAUGAGAUAUUUCGUUGGUUUUUUUUUUGGGCUUUAAAUCAUGUUUUGAGUUUUGUUUAA